UAGAGCUGGGGAAUAAAACUCUUUAUUUUGAAUGUGGGUCACAGAGAAGCAGCUGCUGUGUUGCAGGAUGGGUGACUGGGGACGUUGUGGCAGACUGUGGCGGGGUGCGUGGUAUCUGUUUCAUUUACAAGCUGUUCGUGGUAGUUUUUGAGGCUUAUCUCUGAAACAAACACUGUUGUAGUUUCUCUUGACUGUCAUAAGAUGGUGGUGGGAGCAUUAGGUGUUCGUCCCCAUCCGGCUGCCUCCUGCUCAGCCAGCUGAGAGCCUCUGAUUCUGAUCUACAGGAGCCGACAGAGUUGCUCUCUUUUGGCUUCUCUCUCCUUUCCUGAAAUGGCCGUGAGAGUGAUAUUUGGGUCAGCUGCUUCCAGUGUGUCAUUUUCUUUUGACACUCAUCCCUCUGAGCGCAGAGGAGGAGCCCCAGGGAAAUGCUGUGGAGCUGUUGGCUGCACUGGAGUUGGGUGUAGUUGAAGGGGUGCUGUGGUUAUUUGAAUCGCUGAUCACAUCGAGAUAGGGCAGUGUCUCUGAUGCCUGACUGGAUGGGAUUAAGGAUGGCCUUCCCCAGAGAGCUGGAGGGAUCCAGGCAUCUUGCCCGUCCCUCAGCUGGGUUUGAGGCUCCUGUGUCCACUCUCUGAGGCUGGAGCCAGUGCUGAAGGAUGCGGCCGCAGGCGCCCGGGGCUGUCUCGCUAACAAGGAGCAGAUUCCUCAAAAGCCUGCGGAGGAGAUGUAGGAUCUUCAAGCAAAUUCUGGCAGCUGGAUCCCGAUAGCAGGUGGUGGUCACAAACAUGGAUAAACUCAUUUGACCACCAUGAGUUGGAGUUUUCUGACCCGCCUGUUAGAGGAGAUCCAGAACCACUCAACCUUUGUUGGCAAAAUCUGGCUGACAGUGUUGAUUGUGUUUCGGAUUGUCCUAAUUGCCGUGGGAGGAGAAUCCAUUUAUUAUGACGAACAAAGCAAGUUUGUGUGCAACACGGAGCAGCCUGGCUGUGAGAACGUCUGCUACGACUCCUUCGCCCCUCUCUCGCACGUCAGGUUCUGGGUGUUCCAGAUCAUUGUGGUGGCCACUCCCUCGGUGAUGUACCUGGGCUAUGCCAUCCAUAAGAUCGCCCGGAUGGUGGAGCACAGCGAAGCCAGCAGGAGAGCCAGGAGGAGGAGCUUGCCCGUCCGCUGGAAACAGCACCGGGGCUUGGAAGAAGCUGAGGGUGACCACGAGGAAGACCCGAUGAUGUACCCAGAGAUAGAGAUGGAGAGCGUCCAGGAGAGCAAAGAGAAGCAGAGCCCCGCCAAAGCCAAGCACGACGGCCGGCGGCAGAUCCGGGAGGACGGGCUCAUGAGGAUUUACGUCGCGCAGCUCCUGGCCAGGGCCCUGUUAGAGGUUGGCUUCCUGGUGGGGCAGUAUUUCCUGUAUGGCUUCCAGGUGAGCCCCGUGUUCGUGUGCAGCAGGAAGCCCUGCCCGCACAACGUCGACUGUUUCAUUUCCAGGCCGACCGAAAAGACCAUUUUCCUGCUGAUAAUGUACGGGGUGAGCUGCAUGUGUCUGCUCCUGACUGUCUGGGAGAUGCUGCACUUGGGCUUUGGCACCAUCCGGGACACGCUGAACGCCAAGAAGAAGGAGCUGGUUGACUCUGGCGCCUUUAACUACCCCUUCACCUGGAACACGCCCUCGGCCCCGCCGGGCUACAGCGCGGCGCUGAAGCCGGAGCAGAUGCCGUGCACGGAGCUGUCCAACGCCAGGAUGGCCUUCAGGCAGAACAGGGCCAACACCGCCCAGGAGCAGCAGUACGGCAGCAGCGAGGGCAACGUUCCCGCCGACCUGGAGAUCCUGCAGAGGGAAAUCAAAGUGGCUCAGGACCGCCUGGACCUUGCCAUCCAGGCUUACAACAACCAAAACAACCCCAGCAGUUCCAGAGGGAAGAAAUCCAAAGCGGGCUCCAACAAGAGCAGUGCCAGUAGCAAGUCAGGAGAUGGGAAGAACUCGGUCUGGAUUUAACUUUGGCUCAGUUAAUACACUGUGGUUUUUUUCUCCUAGUUUCUCAUAACCAGCAGUGCCAUGAAUAAUGGCUUCCAUUAAGGGAAUAUUUCACUCUGCUGAUUUUCAGGGAUACCGUUGGCUCGUGAUUCAGCCCCUGGAAAGGGUUUAUACACUGACUCUAGGACUUUAGAACUUUAUUCUUUUGUCUUCCAAGUCAGGAGACAAAUAGCUAUAUUUAAUUCAUUCUCAUUGAACGGUUUAUGCUGUAUGUACAGUAUUAUAGUACAUUUAUUAUGCACAAUUUUUUUGUAUUUGUACACUGGAUCUGAGGUUACACUUUUUAUAUCAACAAGGACAAAGCAAUGGGUAGCCAUUAGCAUUUUGUUAAUUUUAUUAUUGUUGUCUGCAGUUAUGUCAUUGUUCUUCCUUGUUUUCCAAGUAAAACUUUUUAUAAAACUUUUCUAUGCUGCGUUUCCAAAGUGCCUUGAACAUGCAGAAGUGGAGAGUCUCUGGGCAGCUCAUGGAUACAAACCAUGAGCGGGGAAACAUUUGGGAAACCUCUGUCAAUGGUGCUCUUGACUCUGUCCUUUACUAAAUUUAUGUGCUGCUUGCAACCUGGAAGUGUCAUCCCAUAAGCUCCUGUGUCCUACAGGCUGUUUCCUCUAUGGAGAAUGACUUACAGGAAAAAUGGGGAGGGGAGAAGGAGUGCCAGCUGUGGGGCAGAGAGGGCUCAGGGCUCCCCACACACCUUGUGCAGUAGGAGGGAGGAGACACUUCAAACUGCUGCAGAACAUCCAGAAAAAACGGAAUGGGAAUGUCUGGAUUCAGUAACUGUGUGUCUCUGUGAGAGAGAUGGGCAGAGAAGUUUGUGAGGCCUGUUGUGUAACACGCUGUGCCCAAGGGCAGGCAGUGCUACCUUCUGGGGAGGAUUCCUGUGCUUCCCAAAGGAAUGGGGUCAGAGGGAGCCAUGGUAACCCUGGCUGUGGAAUCCCCUCCCUCUGCUGCAGCCAGCACACACGAGCUGGCUGCGGGAGGCUCGGUGGCUCUGCCUUAUUCCAGACCCCUCUUCCUUCCGUUCUGUCCAAGGGCUUUCCUUCAGAGCAAUAUGGAUAAUUCAGCUUUCUGCUUGAGAGACCAGUCCGAUCUGGCAUUCUGUGGGGUUGGCAUUAAGCUUGAAUUUGCAAUUAGCAGAAGGGGAGUGAGGGACUGAUGCCUUUGGCUCUGUCUUUCUGGCAGGGAGCCGGCUGGGCUUGGAGAGACACUGAUAAAUGUCUCUGCUUUCUGCUGCUAUUUAUAAGGGAUUCAGGACCUUGCUCUGCUCCCUUUCUUUUUUCAGGUCUCCAUGCAUUUUAAUAUCUUCUGGGGGCCUGUUUCCAGCAGGACUGUUCUCUUUCAAGGCUACCUCAGUCCUCUGUCAGAGCUGGGUCAGGAGUAGGAUUCCCAGAAUCAUUGAAUCCCAGAAUGAUUUGGGUGGGAAGGGACUUUAAAGAGCAUCUCAUUCCAUGCCCUACCAUGGGCAAAGAUGCCUUCCACUACCCCAGGCUGCUCCAAACCCUGUCCAGCCUGGCCUUGGACGCUUCCAGGGAUCCAGGGGCAGCCACUGCUGCUCUGGGCAUCCUGGGAGGAAUGAGGGAUGGGGAGUGAGGCUCAGAUAAAUCCCUGUCCUAUUCCUGUCCCUGAGAACAUCCAGGUGCAGUCUCCACAUUAAAUUCACUCCAAGGACACAUGAGCAUGUCCUUGCUGUUCCCCUCUGCCUGAGCACUUCCUGUAAAUGCUGUUGUGCUGAGUUGUUUGGUUUGUUUUCCCUCUGGGACACCAGGCAGGCCAGGCACGGGUCCAGACUAUCCCUGAGCAACCUGGAGAGCUCCUGCUGUGCCCAGAGCCAGCACAGCCCCUGUGUGAGCCCCUCUGGAGCUGUGGGGGCUCUGGGAAGGGAAUUGCCCCUCUGGCCUUUGGCACUGACCCCUGGCUGCUCUGGGAGCAGGUGGAGGAGUGCCAGGCUGGUGUCUAAGGAAGUGAGAGUGAGCUGGGACGUGUGCAGCAAGUGGAUGUGGGCAGGGCUGGCCCGGCGAGCGGGACUGGCUGUGUGGUCCGGGGCAGAUCUGCAGCAGUGCUCCUCUAAUUAAACAGUGGCCUGAAGAAAGUCACAGCCGUGGGCAGAGGCUCUGCCAGAGGCAGCUGAGUGUGGUUGGGAAGCUGGGUGGAAAAUGUCUGAAAGUAUCAGGGAGAGACAUUUGGAGCCUGGAGAUAAACAGGGCUGGUGGCCGCAGUCCGCUCAUCACCCCCUGCACUUCGGUUGCUCUGUUCAGUGUCCCAAAUGUCCCAAAUGGGUGACAUUUAACCCUGUGUGGUGCUUUGGGAACAGCCUUUUCCCAGUGAAAGCAGGCAAAAUCCUUCCCCCCACUGCUCUCUUCCCAAACUAUAGCAAAUUCCUGUUGAGGACUUAAACCAGUCUCCCCGUUGCUCCCUGGUUUUGUGUCAUUUCCCAGUUAAAGACCUGUGUGAAGCUGCUGCCUCAGAGCAGUCCUGUGGCUUCUGCCCACCCACUAAAUCCCUGUUAAUGAGCAGAGUGUCCACAAUAUUCCAAUCCCAGCGCUGGAUUCAUUCUGAAAAUCCCAAGUAAUUGAGCUGUUUCUGUUACUGCUUUUUAUUUUCACUUUUAUUGCGUGCAAAGUGCACAUUUGGGCUGAAGCUGAGCGUGUGUUGCUGAUUGUGGGGUCUGUCCCAGCUCUGUUCUGGCUGUGGCUGGUUUUGGAAUAUCAGACUUUGUUUUUCCUUUUGAAGAAACAAUACCUGCAUUGCUUCAAAAUGCUCUUGCUUUGGCUUAAUGUAGACCAUUUUGAAAUAAACAUCCAGGAGAGACUUUGGGACAAAAAAUGGUGGAUGGAAUUUGGA